AUGUUGGUUUUGCAGCAGCUGGUGGUGUUUCUUCUUUUCUCUUCCAUUACCAUUCAUGCGGCAACAAAUCAUGAAGUCAAGAAUUACAUCGUGUACAUGGGGGACAAAUCCCAUCCAACUGCAGAAGCCACAAUUUCAUCAAAUCAUGACCUACUUGCAAAAGUAAGGUCUACAAGAGAGGGAGCAAAUGGAAGUGUAAUUCACCAUUACACAAAAAGCUUCAGAGGGUUCUCUGCAUUGCUAACUCCAGAUGAAGCUGCUUCUCUGUCAGAAAUGGAUGAGGUAAUUUCGGUCUUCGAAAGCAAAACACGGAGAGUGCACACAACGCAUUCUUGGGAGUUUCUGGGCGUAGAUAAGAUAUAUUCUGGAGCUACCAACUGUUCGAAAGAUUAUACGAAGGCUCAGGCAGAUGUUAUUGUAGGAAUGAUUGAUACCGGUGUUUGGCCAGAAUCAAAGAGCUUCAGUGAUAAGGGCAUGCCACCAGUUCCAAGCCGUUUCAAGGGAACAUGCCAGACUGGGGAGAAGUUCAGUGCCUAUAAUUGCAACAGGAAAUUGAUCGGUGCCCGUUUCUACUUUAAGGGAUUCGAGGCAGAAAAUGGGCCACUGGAAUCUUUAGGAGCAAAAUUCUUUCGUUCUCCGCGUGAUGCAGAUGGGCAUGGAAGCCACACUGCCUCCACUGCAGCAGGAACAGUUGUGCAAUAUGCAAAUGAACUUGGUAUUGCCCAAGGUACCGCCAUGGGAGGAGCUCCCGGUGCUCGGCUCUCUAUUUACAAAGCUUGUUGGGUCAAUUCAUGUAGCGAUGCAGAUUUGCUUGCUGCCUUCGAUGACGCCACUAAGGAUGGAGUGGAUAUAAUAUCAAUCUCAGUUGGGUCUAGUUCAGAAAGCUUUUUCACCGAUUCAAUAGCAUUAGGAUCUUUUCAUGCAUUCAGCAAUGGCAUCCUUGUUUCGGCUUCUGCUGGAAACGAUGGAUUACCUGGAUCCGCUAGCAAUUUGCCUCCUUGGAUUUUUACAGUUGCAGCCUCCUCCACUGACAGAAGAUUAACCUCCAAUGUAGUUUUGGGAAACAACAUGAUCUUGAAGGGAGAAGCAGUAAAUCCUCUCAAGCUAAACGUAUUAACUGGUGUUGUAGCUGGAAGCAGCUUUCCUGCCCCUGGCAUUCCUCAAGCUAAUGCAAGUUUUUGCCUGGAGAACACACUUGAUCCUGCAAAAGUUAAGGGGAAGAUAGUGGUGUGCACAAUUUCUGGCCCACUGGAUGAUAGAACUCUAAAGAGCGAAGUUGUACGAGAUGCUGGAGGAGUGGGUAUCAUAGUGGUCGAUCCCAUUGCAAAAGAUGUUGCAUUUCAAUUUGUAAUACCUGGAACAGAAGUAGGACUAGAGGAAGGGCAACGCCUUAUGGCAUACUUAAUCUCAGAAAAAUACCCAACAGCAUACAUUACACAAACCUCAACGGUUUUCAGUCGCAAUGAUCCAGGGCCUGAGAUGGCUGUAUUUUCUUCUUUGGGUCCCAACGGUAUAACUCCAGACAUCAUCAAACCAGACAUUACGGCACCGGGACUGAACAUAUUGGCAGCAUGGUCACCUGUAGCAAUAAGCGAGGCCGGUGGUCGAACAGUGGAUUUCAAUGUAAUUUCUGGUACAUCAAUGUCCUGCCCACAUGUAUCCGGUGUAGCAGCUCUGAUUAAAUCUCAGCACCCUACAUGGAGUCCUGCCGCAAUCAAAUCUGUUAUCAUGACAACAGCAUCACUGGUGGACAAGAACAAUGAUCCUAUUUUGAGAAGCCCUCUAGGGAAUUCCACUGGACCAUUCGAUUAUGGAUCAGGGCAUAUCGAUCCAAUGGCGGCCUUAGACCCAGGGCUCUUUUAUGACUAUAAUGUGAAAGAUGUGAUCAACUUCCUGUGCAGCAAUGGAGCCACACCUGCUCAACUUAGGAAUUUGGCAGGCUAUGCCACAAAAUGCGUUGUAAACCCGCCACCUGCAUAUAACUUGAACUAUCCAUCUAUAGGAGUGGCAAACCUGAAGGGAAGAUUAACGGUUUACAGGGCUCUCACAAGCUGUGGAAGUGAAUAUUCUGUUUACCAACCAGUUGUUCAGCCUCCCCCCGGCGUGGAUGUUGAAGUGUUGCCCAAAAAGCUUUACUUUAACAAAGAAGGACAGAAGAUUUCCUUCUCAGUAAAAUUCACAGUGAAGAAGGCAGCUUCUAAUUUUGUGUUUGGCUCGCUAACGUGGAGUGAUGGUAAACAUAGGGUCUACACUCCAAUUGCUGUCAAUCCAACUUCUGUGUAG